GUGUCGGUCACUGUCGUUCCACGUCAAUACAAUAUCUCCACGGGUUGUCAGUUUUCCCGGGGACGCGGCCCCGCGAGGGCCGCCACACAUCCUAAUUAAAAAUGCGUGAGUAAAUAAUCAAUUGAUUUUAAUUGAUUAUUGAGAACUCGAAGAAUGGCAGAAGGUGGAGGGAAUGAUGGGAAGACAAAUGGUGAGAAUCCAGUGAUAAAAAAUCAGAUGGAGGUGAACGAGUGCCUCGGUAGUUGGCUCACUUACUUGCAGAUGCUCAAUGGCCUAUGCUCCGCUGGUACGAAGCUGGCGCAAUCAUUGCAAGUACUUCUGUCAAAUCAUGAUGCAGUUCUUGACUGCAGAUUGACUGGCCAGUGUUUAGCUGGAUGGGAAGAAUUAACUCGUGCUACUGGUGUUGCCAGUAAUACUGUUAAACACCACGUGGUUGCUGCACUGAGGGAUCACGAGGCACGCGAUAACGACAGUGAUAAGCACGAUAUACUGCGUGACAAUCUCCUGACCUUCAUUAAUCUGCAAUAUCAGUUUUGUGUGGCGUGUUGCGAAUGUCUAGGGGGAAUAGCCGAGUGCUCGUGCUCCCAGGGUGGUAAAUCUGAGUGCGACAUCGCGGCCCUUCAGCAGUGCUUCGAGCGCCUGUACAGUCCAGCAACACCUGUCUCGUCGUCCUCGAUUCAGCAGAACUGUCACAGAUCACCACUGCGUUAUCCCCUGUUCCCCCUGCAGGUGCAGAGAAGAUGGUCCGAGACAGCAGCAGCGGAGAUGUCGGGGGAAUCAACGGAGAGUACGAUGAGACGUUGGUCGAUGCCCUGGGACUGUCGACACAUCAACGAGUGGCCGAGACAGGAGGAGAGAUCUAGGUUGAGAGUACCGCACAAUGACAGGAGUAGAUCAACGACACCGGAUUCUGUGUGGAAGUCCUCAGGGAUGGCCAGUCAGGAUGGCCUGCAGGAGGCCAUACAGUUGCUGUCCUGUCGACCGGGGAUCAGGCCAGCUAAUCAACUCGCUGUCUUCAACAGUCAGCAUGUGCCGGGUGUCAUACUCACCACCUGCAGCUUAGAAAAUAAUUACGAUGGCUCUGGCUGGCCGGAUUCACGCAGAGUCGGAUCCCCCAGGUACUGGCCACAGGAUUCACACUCUAGUGAUCAUUCCGAUCAAUCUGGACACAGUGGAGAUCACAGGGACUCAGAACACAGUGGAGGGAGUGGAAGUGCUGGACACCGUGACAGUAAAGACAGUAUUCAAUCUCACAGUGAUCAUGGCUCUCACAGGGAGUCGGAAGCUGGGGCUAAUGUCGAUGUUCUUCCAUCUAGGAAGAACAGCUCGUCAGCGGAAUCCUGUCUGUCGGCUAACAGUCGGUCUGGCUCGGAGAGCGCUGGUGCUGGGGAAGCAAAAUCACAGCUGUACUCGAUGUGGAGCGGUGGAGAUCUGCCUUUCAUCAAACUGCCAGAAAGUACUGAGCUUCAGGAUGAGAGACCACCGACUAAUUAAUUAUUGAAUGAUAAAUAAAUUGAUUACUUUUCUAGGCGAAACUGUUCAUUAGAAUAUUCCAGUUUUUAUUCGGUAUCGAAGAGCUAAAAGAGGAAUAUCUCUGAAUACAAGGGGAAUACCUGAAUUUUUGUAGGAAUCUUUUUGGUGGCUAUUAUUCUACUCUACAAAAAAGGUUCUGGGCAAAAUAUCGAUAUCUGUUUUGUAUCAAGAGAUAUUCAGGGAAUUGCUACCUUUUACGUCUUCGCCACUGGAUUUGUUAAUUUUCCACUGAAUAUUCGACACUUUUUUUAAAUAAAUAGUCAAGUGUUCAAUCGAUUUAGAAAAUAUUAAUGUCUCUAUGAUGGCUAGUCAAUCCCGCGGACCAAAAUACCGAAAUUAUCGCACUAUCGACGUUGAAACUGAAUCGUAAUCCGUAAAAUUUCCAUAUCAACAAUUAUACUCAAAAUAUCGAUCUGAAAAUAAAAAAAAAAUCGACGUGUAAGAGAGUGAAAGUAGAAUAAAGUGAAAUUCAAAAUUUCUGUUAAUUUCUGUUAAUUUGGGAUUUAUUUUCAAGAGGAUAAAAAUGAAAAAUUCGAAGAUAAAUAAAAAAAAAACCUCACACAACAGAUUAGGGAGAAUCUUGAUAUUUUUUAUUACCUUAUAUUAUAUAUAACUAUUUUCUAUAUAUCUUGGAUCAACGUACUCGUGAUGCACACGUUUAAAAUCGUAUGUACAAAUUUUUCUUUUGUAUUUUAUGGCACUAGUACCCUCAGAACGAUAAAUAAUUACAAUGACGAUAAGAAAAACAGAAUCAUACGUUCUAAACCAUCGAUUGACAAUAAAAAAAAUACAAUCAUUCAAGCCACUGCACAAUUAUCCUUCACUGUCAAAUCAAUCUGUACAAAAACGAAGUGACUUUGAGCCAUUCGCUUGGACGAAUUGUUCCCCAGAUCUCCAUAAUUUCACGCCGAUAAAAAAAAA